GGGGUUGAGAACUCAGGCAGUUUACCUGCCGAGGUUAAACGGGGUCAGAGAUCACCGGGGUCUGCCCGGUAUAUAAUCUUGCUCUUUGAACGAUAGACUACUGUACUCACCAUCAGCCCAAAGUACAUUAGCCUUCGCUGUCCUCUUGCAUUUGAAACCCUUUGUUUGUUGGAAUACUUAUUAGACGACGAUCUGUUGAUUGAUUUGAUCGAGUCGAGUCGAAAUGCCGCGAUUUGGUCUUUCUUCUUCCCUGGGGCCAGCUUCGCCUCCAGGCGUCUCCUCGCCACCUCCAGUCUCAUCUCCACAGUUUUCUUCCCCAGAGCUGGGCACAUCGUUGGGCCUGUUUCCGUCACGUCCUCGACAACAACAAUUGGGACUUCCCGGCAGUGACGGUCCUUCGGUUCGGCUCUGUUGCUCCAGUGGCGACUCGGGGGCGAUAUUCUCCUUGGCUUUUGAGGGCGAAAUCUUUUACCUGGAACGCCGCACACUUCCGUUGUAUGACGAGUCCAACGAGCCUUCUACGGUGCACAAGGUUCGUUUGCCAGAAGAAGUCCAGGAAGAGCUGCAAUUGAAUCCACCAGUGGAACUCUUCAAUGUGGAGGCCGACAAACCCAAAGCCACCACCAGAAAUAAUACCGAAUCACACGAAUCCACCAGUUUUUCGCCAUCCUUGCUGUGUGUCUAUUCACGCCACAAUGUCUUCUAUCUCGAAAUGAAAAUGGAUCCUCAGGGGGAAGUGAUUGUGGAAGCACGACGGGUAUUUGAACAAUACUUUCUCUAUGGCGAAAACGAGUUGAGGAUCGUCAAAAUUCGCCCGGCACCCCAAAGACGAAUGGACUUUGCCACGCUAUGUCCAGAAGGUGCCAUGGCUAUGCUCACAUACAACAAAGAGAGCCACGAAUAUUCUCUCGUUUUGCAACAUAGUGCGGACCAAGAUUUGGCUUCGGUGCCACUUUCUUUCUUGGUGGAAGAAUCCUAUGAUCCAAAUGAGGUCGUUGAAGAUUUUUGCUUUGCUCAAUCGGGAGAAUCCAAAGAAGGGGGUCUAUCCUUGCUUUCCACAUUGUCAGUCCUUUUCUUGAAGGCAUCCGGGGAGGUGAAUGUCGCUAGUCCCAUUCUGUUUGACGGCAGUGUUGUUCACAAGUCCUUGUUGAUGAACGCCCUGGACUUUUUGGACUUUCAUGUGCAAACGUUUAGCAAAGACACUGCCAAGGGCCGACGAGCAAGAGCCGCAAAAACAUUUCUAAAGGACGCAUUUGGAGAUCCAGAGAAUCAGAACAAAUUCAUGACAGCCAACGUGCUCUCGCAUGGCCCUGGCAAAAGUGCAGUUUCGUGGCCAGUGAGCCUCCAAGGACCACUUCUAUCUCCUGUGGAGGACGAUUCUACUGGUGUUGCCAUUGGCAUUGAGAAUUUUCCUGCCUCGGAUCUGAUUGGCGUUGCCAUAGGACGACAAAAUCAUGCAGUCAACUUGAACAUUUUAUCCCCUUCCACUAUACUGCCACGGUUUCGCUUGGAAAGCGAUGACCGGUUUGAACUCGAUGAUUCUCUGGGGACUGCUGGUGCUGUGGUUCAGAGAUUGGUUCUGCGUGAGGAAGAAAAUAACGAACAACACGAAGCAAUCAGCGUGGCUCUUGUUCGCGAUCCAGUCAUGGAGACAAUGCUGCAUUACGUGACACGACAAGACGUGACAACCUUGAAUACUACAGCCGUACGGGCUGCACUCUGCAAGAUCCAAGGAUCCUCUGCAUCAACCGCGGAUGCUAACAAGGAAAUCAGUGCCCAUACAUCGGCAUGGACCAGCGUCCAGGCUUCAUCCGCCAAUGUGGAAGGUGUUGUCAUCGGCGAUGAUCCAAGAUUUGGGCAUGCACUCUUUGUCCGUCUUUCCAAUGGGUCCCUGGUGGCGGAAAAUCUAACGGAAUCUCGCUACCUGCAUGAAAUGGAGCAUUUGGUGAAUCCUUUGUCGGACACAGAAAAUGCACCACCUGACACAACAAACGACCCGGACAAUGGUCAACCUCUCCACCAAGUUUUGGACCCAAUGCUGAAAAAGAUAGCUGCUGGUCUCUCCAACAUGGGAAAGAUCGUUGGGAGUCAAACACGAACAACUGGGAACCAAAUGACGCCCGAAAUGCUUGCUGUUGCUAUUGCGGUGAAAGAACGGUGCGACAAUGAAGUGGUGCUACCCAUGUUGGAGUUGAAGCAGACCAUUAGAGCUCGAAAGCAGGCUUUGAAGGUGAUGCUCAUAAACCAGAUGAAGGAGCUUGCUGCUCACAAGAAGACUCUGAAAGUGAUGCAAGAUCGAAUGAAAGGAAUCCAGGUAAAAGCCCAGACAGCGCUUGAGAAUUCCCAAGAAUUGGCCAAACGAAGUGAUGCCAUACUACAGGCUAGCCAGGAUCUCUUGCCAUCAUUGACUCAAGCAGAAUAUGACUACAUUCAACAGCUGAAGCGGCUCCAGCUUCAGUUGGGCAAUUUGGAGAAAUCGUAUGGUGGCUUGGAUUCCAAUAUGCAGACGUUUCGUGGGAAUAUUGAUGAUGGAAGAUUCGUGUGCAACAUUCAGCUUGAAGAGUCCAUGCAGGACCAUGCCACCAAGCUUCUUGAUGGUGAAGAGAAACUGAUGACUAAAUACGAGGCAGGUCUGCAGGAAAACGAGAAGAAGCUGCAGAUGAUGGCACGGCAAACUGGAGUCUCAGAGUAGAAGCAUAAUCUCAGAC